AUGGCUCCAGGCGUCAUUAUUGAAGAUGAUCGUGGGGUGGAGGCGAUGCUCGAGCACUGGAGGCUCGUCUCAAUCUCGCAGCCGAACUUCGAGAUCAAGGUGGUUCGCCUGGAGAAUGGGCCCGAUAGCUCCAUCAUAGCCACGACCAAGAUCAACAUCAUCAUGUGCAAGAGCAUGCUGCAGCACACAUUCCCGAAUCUGGACAAGUUCGAAAGAGGGAGGCGACUGGCAGCGAAGCUUCUGGGUCAGCCAUUCGAGAUCAACGGCUCCAUUCAGUUCAAUUGGGAUAAUGAGAAGAGCUGCAUGCUGAGCCUACAGCACAAGUCGGACGUGAUGAUGCCAAUCAUCCGCUUCCUAGGCGACCUGGACGACGUGGCUUUCAUCUUCGACCAGCAGUACUCAAGGCUACUAGCCAGGCGGUUGCUGGCCCCAUCGGCUUGA